AUGUCAUCAUACGUGAUCAAUGGAGCCUCGACCGGCAUUGGGUUCGAGUUUCUACGACAGCUCUCGCUCAACCCAGCCAAUACCGUUAUCGGACUAGAAGCAAGCGAAGACACGGCGAGAAUAACUGGCGGAAAGCUCGACUACCUCAUUGCCAACGGAGCUUACCUUCACGAGGAGUCCGGUCUCGUUAAUUUUGGACAGUUGGGAGAGAAGCCUGCCGCCCUGGAAAAAGAGCUCCUCGCAGGUUGCAAAACUAAUAUCAUUGGCAACAUUCAUCUCUUCAACCUCUUCCUGCCACUACUCCUGAAAGGCGCGCAGAAGAAGGUCGUCUUCAUCUCUUCGGGGCAUGCCGACCUUGACCUUAUCUCUAAAUACGAGAUUGAUAUAACUGGACCUUACGCCCUUGGAAAGGCCGCCACGAAUGUCGUUGUGGCGAAGUUCCAUGCUGAGCAUGCCAAGAAUGGAGUCCUUUUCAUGAGCAUCAGCCCAGGAGUGGUUGAUACUGGGCAUUUUGACCCUUCCGGACUGACGGGGGAAGAGCAGCAGAGUUUUGCGGCAAUUUCAGCCAAGUUCCAACAAUAUGCACCACACUUCAAGGGUCCGAUCACCGCAGAGGAAUCCGUCAAGAAGGUCAUCUCGGUCUUUGAGAAGGCGAGCCUUGCGAAUGGAGAUGGAGGUUCCUUCGUCUCUCACCUCGGAACCAAGCAAUGGCUUUGA